UGUAAUGAAGUUGUGACGAGGAACUAACCGAAUGGAAAGUGAAGUUUCACAAGACCCACAGUAACUGACUGUGUAACGUGUUAUAGCAACACAUGAACAGUUUAAAUCCCGCUUUUUUUCCCCACCAAAGACGGGAAAUAAACCAUUUACCAUAGAUAUCGAUUCUUUCAGGGAUUAUCGUCUGAAAGCAGCGAUGGCUCCUUCUCUGGCCCAGGCCUACCGUAGGCGCUGGUGGAUGGCGGUGACUGCGGUCAUAGAGAACCUGCUGUUCUCUGCUGUGCUGCUGGGCUGGGGAUCGCUACUCAUCAUGCUCAAGAACGAGGGCUUCUACUCACACCUCUGCAUAGACAAUGAGACAGUGUUCAGUAACAUCAGUUCGUGGGACAGUGGUAUCUGGCAUAGCUGCGUGGACCAGGAAGAGAUGUUGAAUCUGGGCUUUACCAUUGGCUCCUUCCUGCUGAGUGCAGCCACUCUGCCGCUAGGUAUCCUGAUGGACAAGUACGGGCCCCGCCCACUCCGCCUCCUCGGCAGUGCGUGUUUUGCUUUCUCUUGUGCCAUGAUAGCUGGAGCUGCCUAUAACCCCGAAGUACUCUCGGCCCUCAUUUUCAUUGCAGUCUCCUUCAACGGCUUCGGAGGAAUCUGCCUCACCUUCACCUCCCUCACGUUGCCCAACAUGUUUGGGAACGUGCGCUCCACUAUCCUGUCUCUAAUGAUCGGCUCCUACGCCUCUUCAGCCGUCACCUUCCCUGGAGUCAAGCUGAUCUAUGAUCUAGGUGUGUCCUUCAGGGUGAUCAUGUGGGUGUGGUCGGGGCUAGCCGGUCUCGUCUUCCUCAACUGCUUCCUCAAUUGGCCGGGGGAGUCUUUCCCCGCACCGGAGGACAUCAGCUACACUAAGGAGGUGAAGCUGAGUGGCAUGGUGAUGGAUGACAAGGUGACGGGGGACAGAUUCUACAGUCAUGUGACCACGGUGGAAGAGAAGAUGGCUGCGAAGCAGCAGGAACCAGAUUCCUCGUCAGAGCAGCUCCCAACUGGAGAACAGACACAGGGUGGCCCUCCUUUCCGUAGUUCAGUCUGCUCGCCCAUCUUCCUGUGGAGUCUCAUCACCAUGGCGAUGACCCAGCUACGCAUCAUCUUCUUUAUGGGCGCCAUGAACAAGAUGCUGGAGUUCCUGGUUACCCACGGCGACCCACACCCCUCUAAGGAGCUAUUGAUGGAGGCAGAGCAACAAGUGGGUUUCUACUCGUCAGUGUUUGGCUCUCUGCAGCUGCUCUGCCUGCUCACCUGUCCUCUGAUUGGCUACAUCAUGGACUGGAGGAUGAAGGAGUGCGACGUAGACCAGAGCCAACCUGAACCCCCGAAGAGAGACAGGAAGAUCCAGAAACUGACAAACGCCAUCCGUGCUUUCAUCAUCACCAACGUUCUACUGGUCACCUUCGGAGUCAUCCAGAUGAUAGACAACCUGCCUGUACAGAUAAUUUCCUUCAUCGUCCACACCAUGGUCAGGGGUUUCGUCCACUCCUGUGCCGGAGGACUCUAUGCUGCCGUAUAUCCGUCCAAUCACUUUGGGACAUUGACGGGGAUGCAGUCGAUGAUCAGCGCGCUAUUCGCUCUCCUCCAGCAGCCUCUCUUCGUCAUCAUGGUGGGACACCUGGGAGGAGACCCCUACUGGAUCAACCUGAGCCUGCUCAUUGCCUCAUUGGCUGGAUUCCUGUUGCCCGGAUACCUGAUCUAUCACCGUAGGAACCUGAUGCGAGAGAAGGUGGAGGAGUGUGAGAGGGAGGCCGCUAACCAAUCAGAAAGAGAGAGACAAACCUUACGGCAACCAGAAAAUGGCCAUACCAAAAACCAUACUAAUGGACAUCUCAGCAAUUAAGCUUAAGAAUCUUGACCAAACUAACUGUCAAAUAUCAUAGUCAUUAAUUGUAAAAUAUCAUUAUAGACCAUCGUCAUGACGAUGACAAAUGAUGGUUGUCAUUUUCGGACAGUGAUGACAAUAUUGUGCACUGGAGUUUGGACAUGUCACCCUUAAGCCCUUUUUAAUUUGACAUCAAAAUACACACUCAAUACACUCAUUUUUGUUUUAGGUAUGACAUGCCAAAGAAAUCCUAAAAUAUACAUUUAACUAAUAUUUAUUUUAGUUAAAAACAUAAUUUCAUGCCUAAACGUGAAAUAGAAAAUCUCAAUGGAAAUUGAGGUUCGGCAAUUCAAUAAUUAAGCAAUAAAAUUUACACUGACCAGAAAUUCCAUGAAGGUUAUUGGUACCAUUUCAGGUCACCCUUCCACCAACCAGAAGCACAACUCUCAGUAUUCUGUAGUAGACAGGAAGUAGAUUUAUUUCACUAUCAGAUUGGCUGGUGUAACAUUGAACUACCUCCCCCACCCAACUCUCACCACCCCAGUCACUUCAUUAAUUUAGGCCUAGCAGCCAGUCUGGUACUAAUAUUUUAUUGGUCGUUGUUUGUUUGUCUUUUCCGGUUCACUCCCUGUAUCUAUACUUGUCUUUAUUGUGUCUUUACAUCUAGCGGAGAAUACAGAUUAGGAGGAGACAUGGUGGAGAAGGGGAACCACAGUUUCCCCGUACAUGUGCCCAGACCACCAGCCCAUGGGGCCUGCACAUCCCUAUUAAUUUGACUAUCAAUCUGCACCUGCAAUCUUUCCCUGUGUCCCCUUCUUUAUCUCCAUGUCAGACCUGUCAUUGUAAGUCCACUAAGUACUAUGCCCACUUGGUCAAGUCUGCGGCUAUGUCCGAAAUGGCACCCUAUUCCCUAAUAGGAAAUAGGGUGCCAUGUGAGACAGAACCGAGGUUUUGAGAUGACAUCAUCCAUUGUUAUUUCCGCCAAUCAUAGCUAAGUUCAGGACAGUGGUACGGUAUGCGAGGUGUUGUGCAGGCACAGCCUAGUUUGCAGCAACAUUGAUGGAAUUUUGCUUUUAGAUAAUCAUGUCAUUGAACUUGUUGCGUAUGAUAAAAUUGCAACGGGAAAUGUCUGUGUAGUUCAAGAGAAAUGCCAAUCGGUACCCAUCACCGAAACCUUUCAAGGUGAGCUGUUACAAAGGAGCUCUUACAAAGAGCUGUAGAUUAGUUUAAAAGAAAAGUAUAUAUAUAAAUGUGGGCAAGAAAGAGCACUUGUCAGAAGCUGAUUCAAUCUGGUCAAACAGCCCACCAACCAACCAUCUUGAAAUGUUAAACCGUGUUUACAGUACUGUACGAGAUAAUAUAGAUGUACAGAUGUGUUGCUCAAAUCAACUCCAAAAGCUGGUUGAAUCUGAUCAACCAACCGUCUUCGGUAUUCAAAAACAAUACAUUAUUUACAGCUAACAGCCCUCGAUGAGGUCAAAUAAAACAGUAUUUUACAGUUCAUAGUAUUGUAUUUGGUCAAAUAAAAGUGUUGCUAGUUAACAGUACUGUAUUAGGUCAAAUAUAACAAACAGUAUUACUAGUUAACAAGUAAUGUAUGAGGUAAGGUGGAUGCACCUGAACCCCGAUAUCACUGUCCCCAUGACAACGACAGUAGAACCACCUCAUUGGAGCAGGGCUUCAUUUAGCAGGUGCAUUGGAGCUACUAGGCUAUUUAUUUAGUGUGCAUCCCACUAAAUCCCUCUGUAGGGUAUGGGGUGCCAUUUGUGAUGGAGACCGCGUGCGUGACUUAGUAGCGCUUGAAUCUGAAAGAGAAUAUUGUAAUGUAUGUAUGUAAUGAUAUGUAAUAAAUUGAAUGUGUGUGCUUUAUUGUAAGUGCCUGGGAAGCAAGUAUUUUGGUGGUAGCCUGGUCUCAGAUCUGUUUGUGCUUUCCCCAACUCUAUUGCAAGACAAACAUGGCACGUUUGAAAAGGAGUUGACACGAUUGCACAAACAGACUGGCACUCUGGCUACUUUUGUGCCAUGUAAUGGUAUGUGUAGUACCUAUAGUGUCCGAAUUGCACUAUGAGAAUGUAAAGCUAUAGUUUUGCUAUAUAUAUAUAUAUAUAUAUAUGCGCUUGGAAUGUUUUCUCAUCUUUUUAAGACAUGAGAGUUUGCUUUGCCAUUUAUUUUAUUUGAGCAUCAGAAGAAGAAAAAAAAUGUUGGUUCAUCCACAUCACAGUUGCUCUCCAACUAUGCCUCUCAAGAGUAGGAGUGGUGAUCUAGGACCAGUUUAGCCUUUUAGAUCAGAAUGAAUUAGAUAACAUGGACAGGGGGGGGGACCUGAUCCUAGAUCUGUACUCCAACUCUGAGAUGCUUUAUGAUUACAUGCGCAGAACAUGGGGCAACUUUCACAUACUGUGCUUCCACCUCUGUGUUGGAGAACAUUCAUCAUUAUCACUGAUCUUAUUCCAUUUGUAAUAAUAAGAUCAUAUUAUGCGGGCAAUGUGGUGAAGAGAAUGUAAGAGGAUCCAAAACAAUGUAUUAUAAAUAGGCUUUGAAUAGAAAAUGUCAUAUUUAAAGACACGCUCCGGAACUUUGAAUUUUUUCAACCUCCCGCUUAGGGUUGGAUGCGUCCAUGUGUAGUUCAUACAUGCCUAAUUACUGUCUUACUUCAUUAGCCACGAAGGCCCAACUGUUUUCUGGAAGCUGUGUGGCGCCAUUUCCCCCCCACGUAGGCCAGCCCCUCGCUAUUUGAGUGACAGCUAGCAGGAUGCAAACACAGCAGAGAGAGAGCAAUGACAUGGUGCACAUAUCUGCACAUAUGUGACGUAACAAUAGUACUUCAUUUCCGGGGACCACUUUUGGCUCGUGGUCAUUACUUUCAGAACUACUGGCUAAAAAAGUUUACAAAGUACCGGAGAAUCUCUUUAAGUGUUUUUACUGAUGUUCUGGGGCACUUCUCUUUGUGAAGUAAUAAAUGAACAGAUUUCAA